GCGGCUCCUUUCGAACGGCUCGCUCCCGACCUGCCCUCCCCGAACGUGCGUCACGUAUGCAGACACACAAAAGCGAGAGGACGCUUUCAGGAAGCCAUGUUGACGACGCUCGUCACGCCACAUUUCGACGCAUAAACGGCGCGGGGGAAACCACGCCGAGGCGCGCUCGUAGUUCGACUCGGAGGACGGAGGGAGAUAGCCAAGAUGUCGGCGGACGAUUUCCAGACCAAGUACGCCUCCUUCAUGGAGCACAUUGUGAAGAGCACCGUCGAGGAAACUACCAAACUUUUUGAAACUAUGGUCGACGACCUGAAGGCGGAACUAUCAAAGGCCAAGAUGGAGAACGAGGCCCUGAAAACAACAUGCCGGGAAAACGAAACCGUGAACACUCCUUCGAUUAACGAGUCGAGCCAAAGUGAGGGCCCGGAACGCCGCGACACGGCCGUCCAAUGCGACCUUCUUUCUGGCCACGCCUCAUUGGGACAAAGCGCAGAGGAUCAAAACUCACAACGUGCUCACGAAGAACUGGUUUACUCCCUGCUGAAGGACCACGACUAUGAUGCUUCAUUUAAAGAUAUUUUUUACCAGUCGCAGCCAGAGAUGUUAACUGUCUCUCAACCCACAGUCACCAGCAAUGAACUCUUCCUUGCUCUCUCGGAUUCAUCGACAGACUCUUCUGGUGAGACUGACACAGAAGACGACCAGAUUGACCAGCAAACUGACACAGAAGACUACCAGAUUGACCAGCAAACUGACACAGAAGACUACCGGAUUGACCAGCAAACUGAAACAGAAGAUAUUGGCCAGCAAUGUACAUAUGGGAUAUGUGGAAAACGUAAUAAGUGCUUAGGGACCGCAGUUCAAGCUGGGUUAAAAAGAGAUUCCCGUUUACGCAAACAACCAACUAAAUCGGCAAAAUCACCUGCUACCGCUGAUCAGACUUUGGGGCGCAGAGGAUACGCUACUCCCACAACUUUUCAAGAACAGCUGGCCGCACCAAAGGUUCAAAUUCAGCAUCAAUCGUUUGUUAAAACACGAGCAAAUAAACAAGCAGGUGUGGUUGUGCAGCACUACAGUGGUGUUCCCCAUCCAGAGGAACAGCAAGUGGAGCCAAGACUGACGCGGAAACAAAUGCGGGAGAAGGAACAGCAAGUGGAGCCAAGACUGCUGAGGAAACGAAUGCGGGGGAAGGAACAGCAAGUGGAGCCAAGACCGCAGGAGAAGGAACAGCAAUUGGAGCCAAGACUGCCGGAGAAACAAAUGGAGGGGAAGGAGCAGCAAGUAGAGUCCACUCUGUUGAAAAAACAAAUGGAGCAGAAGGAACUGCAAGUGGAGUCAACAUUGCUGAUAAAACAAAUGGAGAGGAAGGAACAGCAAAAGGAGCCAACACUGCGGGAGAAGCAAAUUGAGAGGAAGGAACAGCAAGUACAGUCAACACUGCAGGGAAAACAACCGGAGGGAAAGAAACAGCAAGUAGAGCCAACAGUGCUAGUGAAAGAACUGGAGGGAAAGGAGCAGCCAAUAAAGCAAACACUGCCAGAGAGAGAACUGGAGGGAAAGGAACAGCAAGGAGAGCCUACACUGCUGGAGAAACAAAUGGAGAGGAAGGAACAGCAAGUAGAGCCAACAGUGCUGGUGAAAGAACUGGAGGGGAAGGAGCAGCCAAUAAAGCAAACACUGCCAGAGAAAGAACUGGAGGGAAAGGAACAGCAAGGAGAGCCUACACUGCUGGAGACACAAAUGGAGAGGAAGGAACAGCAAGUAGAGCCAACAGUGCUGGUGAAAGAACUGGAGGGAAAGGAACAGCCAAUAAAGCAAACACUGCCAGAGAAAGAACUGGAGGGAAAGGAGCAGCCAAUAAAGCAAACACUGCCAGAGAAAGAACUGGAGGGAAAGGAGCAGCAAGGCGAGCCUACACUGCUGGAGAAACAAAUGGAGAGGAAGGAACAGCAAGUAGAGUCAAUAUUGAUGGAGAAACAACUGGACGUGGGGGGGAAUAAAUGUAGCUUGACUGAAGAGGAACGGCAAGUGGAGCAAACACUGGUAGGAAAGGAACAGCAAGUAGAGCCAACAGUGCUGGAGAAAGAAGUGGUGGGAAAGGAACAGCAAGUAGAGCCAACGGUGCUGGAGGAAGAGCUGGUGGCAAAGGAACCGCAAACAAAGCAAACACCGCCAGAGAAAGAACUGGAAGGAACGGAACUGCAAGUGGAGCAACCACUGCUGGAGAAACCACUGAAGGAGGGGCAAAACAAAUGUGGCUCGACUGAAGAGAAGGCAAACGUGGAAAUAAAUGUGACUGUAAACAAAAACCGAAGGCAAAGAAAACAGCCCUCAGACAAAGUAAAACGUUUGCUUCCGACUCCGAAACAAAUAGGUGUUUCAGCGUCAAAUGAUGGUGAGGAACAUAAUGGAGUGGACCAUGUUCCUACUAUUUUUGAGAGAUACACGUCUUUAUGUGAGGUUGCAAAAGUGAAUCCAAGGUCAUGUACAACUGAAUGGGCCACCAAAGCCAGCCCUGCAAAGAGUUCAGUCCCACUGGAGAUCCGCUCCGUUCAGGGAAAUGCCAGUUCGAAAAAGACCCGAAGAAAUAGCCCACACCAGGAUAGGUCUGCCCAUAAAAAGACUGAGUUUCCAAGGAAAAGUUUAAUUAAAAAAUCUGGUCGUUCAAAAAAGUUUUACGGCAUCACAAAUGUGUGUCUGAGAUCAAGUACAGCUAAAGAUACCACCACCACCACCACAAACAGCCCUCUAAAGACUACAGACCCACCUGGUCCUAAGGAGCGUAUUUCCACCCGGGAAAAUUCUGCCUUAAAAAAGACCCAAACCAAUUCCCCACUUCAAGAUAGGUCUGAAAAUACAGAGACUGAAUCUUCAGGGAAAAGGUCAACUCGAAAUUCGGCUAAUUUGAAUAAAUCUCAUGGGGUUUCAGAAGUUUCUCUGAGGUCAAGUACAACUAAAGAUAGUGCCACAACCAGCCCCCAAAAGAUUCAAUUCUCACCUGAGAUUAUCUCCGCUCAGGAAAAUGCUAGCUCGAAGAAGAUCCAAACUGUUUCUCCACAUCAGGAUGUGUCUUGCCGUAAAAAAACUGAAUCUUCCGAUAAUGGAUUAGGUCAAGAUGGUGCUAGUUCAGAAAAGUCUCUUUGGGUUCCAGAAGUGUGUCUAAGAUCAAGCACAACUAGAGAAACCACCAGCACGCUAAAGAGUACAGUCCCACCCGAGAGUAUCUCCGCUGAAGAAAAUGCUGGCUCGCAACUGACCCAAACCAUUUCUCCACACCAGGAUUUGUCUGCCCAUAAAAAGACUAAAUUAAGUAAAAAUUCUGCUACUUCAAAAAAGUCACAUAGUUUUCCAGAAGUGUGUGUAAAAUUAAGUACAACUAAAGAUACCACCAAAACCAGCCCCGCAAAAACUGCACUCCCACCUGUGAGUAUGUCUAUUGAAGAAAAUGCUAGCUUGAAAAAGACCCAAACAAAUUUCCCACAGCAGGACAGGUCUUCCCAUAAAGAGGCUGAAUCUUUAGGGACAGAAUUAAGUAGAUUUUCUGCUAGCUCAAAGUCCCACGGGGUUACAGAAGUGGGUCUAAUAUUAAGUACAACUAAAGAAACCACCGCAACCAGCCCACCAAAGAGCCCAUUCCCACCUGAGAUUAUCUCCACUGAAGAAACUGCUAGCUCUAAAAAGACCCUACCAAAUUCCCCACAGCAGGAAAGACCCGCCCAUAAAAAGACUGACUCAUCAGUGGCAAGAUUAACUAAAAUAUCUGCAAGUUCAAAAAAGGUCACAAGUCCUUCAGAAGUGGUCCUGAGGUCAAGUACAACUAAAGUUACCACAACCAGCCCCCCAAAGAGUGCAUUCCCACCUGAGAUUAUCUCCAUUCAAGAGAAUACUGGUUCAAAAAAGACCGAAACAAAUUCCCUACAGCGGGAUAUGUCUGGCCAUAAAAAGACUGACUCUUUAGGGACUAGAUUAACUAGAGAUUCUGCUGGGUCAAAAAAGGACCAUGAAGCUCCAGAAGUGUUUUUGAGAUCAGGUACAACUAAAGAUACCGCUACAACCAGUCCUCUACAGAGUACGUUACUGCCCGAGAUUAUCUCCACCCCCAAGAAUACAGGCUCGAAAAAGACCCGAACAAAUUCCCCACACCAAGAUAAGCCUGGCAAUAAAAAGGCUGAAACUUCGAGGACAAAAUUAUCUAAUGAUUCUGCUAGUUCAAAAAAGGCCCAUGAAGCUCCAGAAGUGUUUUUGAGAUCAGGUACAACUAAAGAUACCACCACAACCAGUCCUCUACAGAGUACGUUACUGCCCGAGAUUAUCUCCACCCCCAAGACUACUGGCUCGAAAAAGACACGAACAAAUUCCCCACACCAAGAUAAACCUGGCAAUAAAGAGACUGACUCUUUAGGGACUAGAUUAACUAAAGAUUCUGCUAGUUCAAAAAAGGCCCAUGAAGCUCCAGAAGUGUUUUUGAGCUCAGGUACAACUAAAGAUACCGCCACAACCAGUCCUCUACAGAGUACGUUACUGCCCGAGAUUAUCUUCACUCCCAAGACUACUGGGUCGAAAAAGACCCGAACAAAUUCCCCACACCAAGAUAAGCCUGGCAAUAAAAAGGCUGAAUCUUCAGGGACAAAAUUAUCUAAUGAUUCUGCUAGUUCAAAAAAGGCCCAUGGAGCUCCAGAAGUGUUUUUGAGAUCAGGUACAACUAAAGAUACCACCACAACCAGUCCUCUACAGAGUACGUUACUGCCCGAGAUUAUCUCCACCCCCAAGAAUACUGGCUCGAAAAAGACCCGGACAAAUUCCCCACACCAGGAUAAGCCUGGCAAUAAAGAGACUGACUCUUUAGGGACUAGAUUAACUAGAGAUUCUGCUAGUUCAAAAAAGGCCCAUGAAGCUCCAGAAGUGUUUUUGAGAUCAGGUACAACUAAAGAUACCACCACAACCAGUCCUCUACAGAGUACGUUACUGCCCGAGAUUAUCUCUACCCCAAAGACUACUGGCUCGAAAAAGACCCGAACAAAUUCCCCACACCAAGAUAAACCUGGCAAUAAAAAGGCUGAAUCUUCAGGGACAAAAUUAUCUAAUGAUUCUGCCAGUUCAAAAAAGUCCCGUGGGGUUCCAAAAUUGUGUGUAAGGUUUAGUUCAACUAAAGAUGCCACCACAACCAGUCCGCAAGCGAGUGAACUUCCAUCUGGGAGUCGUAAGAGGCGGAUCUCCACUCAGGAAAAUGCUGGCUCAAAAAAGACCCUCAAAGAUUCCCCACACCAGGAUAGUUCUGGCAAUAAAAAGACUGAAUCUUCAGGGACAAAAUUAGCUAAAGAUUCUACGAGUUGCAAAAAUUCCCAUGAGGUUUCAAAGGGGUGUCAGGGUUCCGGUACAACUAAAGAUACCACUGCCAGCCUUCUGAAGAGUAUAUUCCCACCUGGGAGUCGUCGGGGACGUAUUGUCACUCGGGAGAAUACCGGCUCCAAAAAGAGCCAAACCAGUGCCAGUGCCCAUAAAAAGACUACAUCUUCAGGGUCAAAAUUACCUAAAGGGGACUCAAAUGAGUCCCCUUCACCAUCUGUCGGUCAGAAAGCGUCCAGUUUCAUUGAAAAUGAUGCCGGAUUGAAAGAGUCUUGCAGUGAACCUCUCAGUAGCGGCAACAUUUCUGAAGAGGAGCCCACCCCCAAACGGUUGAAAAGACCAUACAGUUCAUUAUCAGGGAAUUCUAGUCUCUCAAGCCCUCAGCGGAAAAAAAUGCCUAAGAAAGCUUCCGCUUUAAGUAAGGCGAGAGAAACCAUUGCUAAGAAACCCAAACUGGAUCAACGUAGUAUUUCAGAAAAGGUGAAAAUACGCAAAGCGAAGAAGUUAGCUCAAGGAUCAAUAAAAGAGACGGUUGCAAAAAAGACCAAAACAGACCCAUCUAAAUUAAGGAAAAGAAAGCAUGAUUCCAGCGAUGAGACGGGGAACCAGUCAACAUCUCCGUCUGUGCCAGCAAGGAAAGCUCCCGCAUUAAGAGCAAAAAGGUCUUCUUUCUCGCCGGUCCAGAAGGAGGCUCAGAGUCUUGCUGCGGUUUCACCGGUCCAGAAAGAGGCACCGUCUCCCAUGAGUCCCGCUGUCGGUUCCCCGCCACACGGUCCCUCCUCCGCCCGCGAUGUCAACACACCGCUUGGCGCAACACCGGCGCAGACUUCGUUCGUCAUUGGCCAACCUCUGCUCAAGAACCAGUGUGGGCAGUGUGGUCGCGUUCUCAGCAGCCCCGCUGUCCUCGUGAGCCACUUAAAUCUGCAUAUAGGUCACCGGCCGUUCUCUUGCCGGAUCUGUCGGAAGGACUUUCCUGAUGCCAGGGGUCUGAGACGGCACAGCUGGGUACACGCCGAUCACAGGAUCCAUGUCUGCCAGCAGUGCGGGAAGGGGUUCGUCUAUAGUUACGGUCUCACCAAACAUCUCCAGAUGGUUCAUAGGAAGAUCAAACCCUUUGUCUGCCAGAUCUGCGACAAGGCAUUCUUCACAAAGAACGACGUGGAGGACCACAUACGUAUCCACACGGGGGAGAAACCAUUCCAGUGCCACUUAUGCGGGAAGAGAUUUGUCAAGAACCUAGAGCUGAAAAUGCACGUGAAGUGGCACAAUGGAGAGAAAAGACACUGGUGUCCGUACUGCGGGAAAGGAUUCUUUGACUACAAUAACUUGAAAAGACACAAGUAUAUCCACACGGGAGAGAAACCCAAGUCUUGUCCACACUGCCCUAAACACUUUAAGCAGUCAAGCCAUUUGAAAAAGCACAUCAGAACUAUACAUAAAGAUGUGUGAGUUGAGAAAGACUAAAAGUUGUUUUCUUUAAAAAUGUAUUUUUCUGACACAUUUUAGCGUUGCCGCAAAUAGGAAGAAAUGUCUUCAAUAAAAAAAAAAUAAAACCCA